UGCAUCAUUCUCUCAUUAAGUAAGAUGCAGAUGAACAAGCCUGUUGUCUUCUGGGUUUGGGUGUCCUCUCUACCCCAAAUUUAUCACUGCAAGUAAUAGUGUGAUCCAGAGGCAGCUUAGAUGCCACACAGCCAAUGCGAUGCAUUUCCAGGCAUACUAUUCCAUUCUGUGUUUUUAUGACCGACAGCAGACUAACCAGUACGAGAUGUUCAAGGGCUGGCUGCACAAAGAUUGUGCUGGAAAAUACCACAAAUAUCUCAGCCAUGACUCAGUCUACAGUGGAUCUGCAUGUAGACCAGAACCAGAAAUAAGAUGAAAAUGUGAUGAAGUAAACCUGUCCUUCUGUAAGAACUUAAUGUUCUUUUUUUUAACACAAUAAGAAAAUAUCAGUUUUGGAGAGUUACUGAUCUCACAUUCUACUUGUUAAUGUGAAAAAAAAGUUUUCCUUUGUCUAAAACCAUGUCCUGGAAAGACAAUCCUAAAAGAAUUUAUAGUUAUUGUAAAGAUAAAAUAGAUUUUAUCCGUUACAAGCUCUUAUUUUCAUCACAGAUAAUCAGCUGAAUUAUUUUCCUGUCUAUACUCUGAAAAUGUGUACUAAUAAAUAAUUGAACAAAUAGUUUCUAGAGUGACUCUAGCUGAGUAAUGUCUGGUUUUCAUAAUAACAAUCUUCUGUAGGAUCAUGGAGGCUGUUGAGGGUUCUGGUUGUAUUUUCUGAGGAUCAGGUCAAGGUAACUUUUACAUGGACAUGUAAUUACAUUCUCUAUGAUUAAUCCCUUUACACUUUUAUUCCAGAUCUUCCAUGAUGAUUGGAUCAAUGUAAGGAUCUGUUCCGGCUGUUUUCUCCUGUGGUAAAAUAAAGCUGAGAAUGUUGGAAUUUACUGACCAGCGGGUAAAUGAAAAUGUCAUCGGUCACGUGUAUGUAUGUGUGCACACGUGGACAUAACAUAAAAUGUCAAUGUAUUAAUUUUUAUUUUUUUUAUCAACAGACCUUUUAGCAGGUGAGAGUGAAAUAUAUCAACCUCCCGUUAUGUGUUGGCAGAGGUGAGGACCCAAGUGCAGGCAGUUAAGGUCAGGAGGCAGAUCGGUGCAGGUAAACGGGGAACAGGGAACCACACACAGCAGGGAGAAACCAUGAAGAUCUGACAAGGGAAAACUGAAAACCAUGGUGUAUAUAUGCACAGAGGGAGUAAUUAGGAGCAGGUUAAGUGAAUGAAAAAUCAAACGAGGUGAACUAACGAGCCAGGAACAGAAAAGACAAAGCACACGAGGGAAAACAGGAAAACUUAACUUAACAUGACAAAACCAAAUACCCAAACCAUGAUCUAAACAGAAACUAAACAUGACAAAAACCAGAAUUAUAAACCAAAAUCAUGACAGAACUAAAACAUGACAAACGCCAGACUAUAAACCAAGAUACAAACCAAAAGAACAGACCAAACCCAACACAGGAACCAUGAAACCUCCAUCCAUCCAUUUUCUAUACCACUUAGUGGCUAUACAUAUGUACGUGUGUGUGCGUGUGUGUUUAUGCCUUGGUAUUGUUUGGAUAUCCUAGCAUUAUUUCAGUUUCAUUAUUAUAUACUUACUGAUCUAAUUGUACUUUAAGUACUACAUCUCUCAUUGUACUUAAACUGUUGUUUUUUAUGUAGUUAUAAUUUAACUUUAUCGUGUAAACAUUGUAUUGCUGUCACACUUAAAUUUGUAUAUUGCCGAUCAUUAAAGAUUUACAUGUGAUUUUUAUUAUUUCCAUAUGUAUGUUUUGCACUCUAUAAGAGUUAUAUCAGUCAACUGCAAUUGUGUCACUGUUUGACUCAUAUAUUCUAAUACUGUUAAUAUUAUUGCAUUUUUCUUACAAGUUAUUAAAUAGAUUCCACUUGUGGGUGCAAUGAUGAACAAUAAAUUAGGCUAUGCUAUGUCAUAUGGCUUUUAAACCAGAGAAACGUAAUAAACAUUAUUCUUAGUGUUAAACAAGGACAAUUCACAUCUGCUCUGGAGUAAAACCUGGUUUUGUUUUUACCUUUAACAAUAUUUUUUCUGUUUAUUAUUUUAUUAAACUUACUGUUAAUCCAUCCCUGAGCAUCUGUCUGUGGUGAGUGAACAGUUACGUUACAUUUAAGUUUCAAACUUUUUUCACCAUAUAUUCAACUUUUUAAAAAAAUCUCAAUCAGCUGCAAAAUUUACAAACAAUAUUUAAUCCGGUUUAAACUCACCAACCCUGCGACCCUGAAUUGGAAUAAGUGGUGUAGAAAAUGAACAAAUUAAUAAAUGAAACCUAUUUUAAAAGCCACUGGCUGCUGUAUUUGUAGUAAACAGUUAUUUCCUGACAGAAAGAUUUCUCUUUUUAAAGGUAUCAUACAUUUGCAAAUCCCACCUUUUACCCAGUCAGACACAAUAUAUCUUAAUUAAUACACCAGUGUUUUAGAUGCUGACUCCAGGUAAGCUGAGUAUCGGUGUAGGCCAGACCUGCUUUAAAUAAACUGCAGCCAUCAUUAAAUCCUGUGUUACUUUGUCUGUGACAUGAAAACUACAAUUAAAAGAAAAGUCUGUUUUUGAACUUCUGUUAUCACACUUACUCUCUAAAGUAGAUAAUCUUGUAAAGAGUCGCUGUACUUUGCAUUCAUGUUAGUAGCUUUGAGAAUUUUCCAAAGUACUUUGUGCUCUUGGUAAACAACAUGUUUCUACACUCCUCCCCGACGUUUAGCAGCUGGCAUCUUGUGUGUGUUCAUGAGUUGUCGCCACGCCUAGCAAACUUGACUCAUCACUUCCUGAUCGGUUCAGUCGAGAGCAAACUUGUGAAGUGAUAUACAGUAAAUCUGUCACCGUCCAUUUUAUGGAUGUGUUUUAUUUUAAAUAAGUCAGUUGCAUGUAGGUAGAGCUUAUAUUCCAAAGUAGCUGUUAAACUUUCUGUUAUCUAAGUCUUGGUUAACAUCACCUAAAGGACAGCAGAGAGCUAAUUUGACUAAAAGGGAAGUGCAAAGUUUUUGCUCAGUUUCAUUUACUGGAAAUCCACAAUGGCUGCCGAACAGGACAUGACAGAGGACUAUCUAGAAGAUGAAGAGGUUUUCAGAAGGAAUGCUUACCUACUUAUUGAGAAAAUGGUGGAACUGAGUAACCGGACCCGAGAAGACACGUCAAUGUUAGUGGACGAGAUUCUUCACAGCAUCUUCUUUUUGGGACACAUCAUCUUUCCACCAUGCUCCCUGAAAAGUCUUUUAGAUGAUGACGAUGAGAUAUAUGAACACUUGAAUGACCGCUACCCCGAGCCUUUCAUUCGCUAUUCCUCUCAACUACCCCGACGGAGUCCACUGUCAUGUGUGCUGGACAUGAUUGUCCACCUGAUCCAGCAAGAGAAUGAAGCGGGGAUAAUAGUUCAAAUCAAAGCUCUUACACGAAAGCUGAUGGACAAGACAAAAUCAAAGAUUUUGUUUUCCACCACAUUGUGCAUCUCUCGUACUUCAAGUUCAGUCCGGUACUACGGGGUCUCCAUGUCCACGUUUGGUCGUCCUGCAGGGAAAAUCAUGGUUGCUGCUUCCUGUUUAUGCAGCACCUGGGAUGAUUAUGUAGCUGAUGCAGUGAUGACCUACUAUCCCAGUAAAGAGAAGAAGCCAUACUUUGAUGGAACCUUCCAGCUUCCUUCGAAUGUCACAUGCCAGGCAGUUAACAUCAGUAGUGGAGAGCGAAUGAAUCCGUGUAGAUCAUGUGGAAAUCUGUUUGGCUUGCACACAGAGAGCACACAGAAGUGGGCCUAUGGUAACUGUGCUGAGGUUGAAAGUGUGAGCAAAUUGCUCAAAAAUGAAAAGCAAGUUAGAGAUCAAGUACAACCAAGAUCCAACUUGUUUACUGAAGAGGGCAGGCAGAGAGCCAAAGAAUGUGUUUUAAAAGAUCUCAAGAAUUUACUGAAAAAUGUCGGCUUUGAAUGGGACAAUAAUUUCUACACCCCACAAAGAGCUAAAACCAUUGUUUCUACAACCACUGAAGAAGUAGAUGGAUAGACUUACAGGUUCAUUGUUUUAUUUUAAAGGUCUGAUAGGAAUAAAUGGUUUAAUAUUAAAAACAGAUUCUACUGUUGCACAUUGCUGCAGCACGUAUAUUCUUCCUCUUUUGCUUUGAUGUUAUGAACAGUCAGCUAAUGAAGGUGGAGCACCAGUAAAGUGAAAAUAAACAUGUUCUCACAGAAAACAGACAUUUUCACAUGAUCUAUUUCUGGUUCAUUGCCCUCUAUUGGAUUAUAUGUCACUGAAGUUAUAGUCUGGGGUCUCAGUUCAGGUUCAUCAGUUCAUACAGAGUUCAGGAAAAAGGCUUUCUCCAUUUUUGCUCCAUCAUCAUUGAAUAUGCUACAUAAGGACCUGCAAUUUUUAAGUUGUUUCAGGCAUCUUGUACAUACAUUGGCAAAUUGUCUGGUAUUUACCUCCACCAAGACGGAGGUCGUGUAUUUGGCGGAGUUAGUUUGUCUGUCUGUCUGUAACUCAAAAAGUUAUGGAUGAAUUAUUAUGAAUGUUUUUAAAUGAAAUAAGGAACAAGUGAUUAGAUUUUGGAGGGGAUCCGGAUCACCACCUGGAUCAAGGAACUUUUUGGAGGAUUUUUUACUGUGGGGAGAUCCAUAGAGCUUCUAGCUAAAAAAAUAAUGCUCACAAUCAUUGACAAAAAAAAAAAAAAACAAAUGAAUAAAUAAAAUAAAAUAAACAAAUUACAAUGACUUGGUGGAGGUCUGCGAGUCUCCGAGUGCUUUAAUUUAUUGUUUAUUUUUAUUUUGUUAUUGUACUUUUUUUUGUUUUGACUGUAAAUGGGGCAGUUUGUGUAACCCAUUUAUGUAACAUGUACAACAUCAAUGGAAAGAUGAUCUUUUUUUUUUAUCAAAUAAAAAGUAUGUUUUUAAACUA